GGACGCACUGGUCAAGGACUCGCCUGGCGACCUCGCAGCUUCAGAGCGGAGCUGUGGACUCAUGGAGAAGAUCAGGACGUUCAAGCCAAGAGAGGUCUUCACCCGGCAGUUGGUGAAGACGUUGCUGAUGGGACAGGGCCUGGCGGCUCUCAUCUGUGGGACGGCUGUCACCUCCCAGUACCUGGCCUCCAAUUUCCAUGUGGAGACGCCGAUGCUGCAGAGCUUCUUCAACUACAGUCUGCUGUUCUUGUUCUACACCAGCGCACUGCUGUGCAGAGCAGGGGAUGAAAAUAUUUUCCAGAUCCUGAAGAAGCAUUGGUGGAAGUACCUGCUGCUGGGUCUGGUUGACGUGGAGGCAAACUACGCCGUGGUGAAGGCCUACCAGUACACCACACUGACCAGCGUGCAGCUGCUGGACUGCUUCGUGAUCCCGGUCCUGAUGGUUCUGUCAUGGUGGGUGCUGAAGACUCGGUACCAACCAAUCCACUAUAUAGCUGUUGUCGUCUGCCUGCUUGGUGUCGGGGCGAUGGUGGGAGCCGACCUGCUGGCGGGGCGAGACCAGGGAUCCACCUCCAACAUCCUGCUGGGUGACGGCCUGGUGCUGCUGUCGGCGACACUCUACGCUGUCUCCAACGUCUGCCAGGAGUACACGGUGAAGAGGAGGAGCCGGGUGGAAUUCCUGGGGAUGGUGGGGCUGUUCGGACUGAUCAUCAGCAGCAUCCAGAUGGCAGUUUUGGAGCGAAGAGCUGUUGCCAACAUCCACUGGAGCUGGCAAGUGGGACUCCUCUUCGCCGGCUUCGCUCUCUGCUUGUUCGCUCUGUACAGCUUCAUGCCCAUCGUGAUCCAGCUCACCAACGCCACCUCUGUCAACCUCUCCCUGCUCACCGCCGACCUCUUCAGCCUCUUCUGUGGACUCUUCCUCUUCCAGUACCAAUUCUCGGUGCUCUACCUGGUCUCACUGGUUGUAAUCAUCAUCGGCUUCAUCACUUUCAACGCCAUGCCCACAACCCCUGCACCAGAACCUCCAAGCGCCCCCACAUGCGAGGAUGGUCGCUAUGGCGACCUGGAGGACGGAAACACCACAGAGCAGGAUGUGGUGGUGAGGAUCGGCUCUGCAGAGACGCAAAGGAAAAUCAGAACAUCAAACACAUUUGGCGGUGAAAGUGUCAACAGCGUUAUUGAGGGACUAAGCACAAAGUUUUAA